AUGAAUGCCCUGACCCUUCCUCAUCCUGAUCUUCCCCUUUUCGACGGUGAUCCUACCAAGUACUGCGACCUCAUACGAUCGUUUGAGAACUUAAUCGAGAUGAAAACUAGUAGUCCCAGUUCUAGAUUGUAUUAUUUGGUACAGUAUACAACCGGACAGGUUCAAGAAUUAAUGCGCAGCUGUCUCCCGAAGAAAAACGGCGAAGGAUAUCGUGAAGCCAGAAAACUGUUGUCGGAACGGUUUGGUCAACCCUAUAAGAUCGCCUGUGCCUUGGUUGAUAAGAUCGCAAAUGGGCCCACGAUCAAAGCUGAUGACGGCGCGGGUCUCCAGAAACUGUCCGUGCAGUUGACCAGCUGUAGUAAUACUCUCACAGAAAUCGGUUAUGUGAGCAAGCUUCAAAAUCCAGACACCUUGAAAAAAAUCGUGGAUCGCCUGCCCGUGAGCCUCAGGGUAAAGUGGCGAGAGUUAGUUGACGUCAUCAUUCAAAAAGAAGAUCGGGAACUUACCGUCAAAGAUGUAACGGACUUUGUUAUCGCAAGAGCUAGAUUAGCGAACUAUCCUAUCUUCGGAAAAAUACACAACGAUGUCAGCGGACAUUUUGUUAAAGAUUGCCCAAAGGGAAGCUUCUGUCGUGUGAGUGACUGCAAGGAGAAGCAUUCAACAUUCUUGCACCCGAAGCGGACGAGGGAAGCCUUGGAGCCGAAGAAGGACAAGCCAGAGGAUACUUCCGAUUCCCCGCCAAAACUAGAGGCGGGAAAGAAAGAAGUUGUCAACAAGGAGCUAAUUAAUGGCUAUGUUAAAAUCAAAAGCGAAAGUCGACCUGUUAUUAAAGGUUUGUCUACCACUGGUCUAGCAGUCGUUCCUGUUAAAGUAAAAGCCAAAGGCACAAACAAGACGAUUGAGACGUACGUGUUUUUGGACAAUGGCUCCAACACAUCAUUUUGUACCGAGAGGCUAUUGGAGCAACUCGAAAUCGACGGUAAAGCCACGGCCCUGUCUCUGACAACGAUGGAAAGCGUAAGUAAGGCAGUCCAAUGUUCGUCCGUGAUUUUAAAGGUUUUUGAUCUCGAUGAAAGGAACUUUGUUGAGCUAUCGAACGUUUUCUCGAGGCCGCGUCUGCCUGUAUCGAAAAACUGCAUGGCUAAUCAAGGCGACGUUAAACGUUGGCCGCAUCUAACUGGGAUCGAAAUUCAAGAGAUCGACGCGGAGGUUGGAUUGUUGAUUGGAAGCGACGUGCCUGAAGUCUUGCAGCCCCUAGAGGUGAGAAAAGGCAACAACGGUGGUCCAUUUGCUACACGUGCUAUCUUUGGAUGGGUUCUAAACGGACCAUUGGGCAGAAGAGUAAAUCAGCCACCCACGUCAAAUUUCGCUGAUGCAAACCCGACAUUGGAGCUUGAACAAGCAGUUUGA